AGAUCAAAGCGGUUAAUGGAUUGUCAAACAAUUUGUUGUUGGUUGCGUAAAAGUUGUGAGUGCGUGUGUGUCGCUGUGCUAUAAUGAUGAUGACGAUGAUGCAACGAAGAACGUACGUAGGGAUUAGCAUUUUUGCGGGAGCGUCUAGUCGGCGUCGCGGCGCGCGCCACCUAACUUCCACCACUGUCGCCCUCCACCGUCCCUUUUCGUCCGCCCUAUCGUGGUGUACGCAGGACGAUCGUUUGGCAACUGCUGAGAGUUGCUGUACCGCGGGUUGCUGCAGUAGAAGGGAGGCGCUCGGGGGAUGCAGGCUUCUCCGCACCCUGCGGCUCGAUCAAUGUGCUUUUCAUCAUAAAACAUUUAGUUUCGCAGACGCCUCUCUCUGUCUCCCUCUCUAUCUCUCUGUGUGUGUGUGUGUGUCCGUCUCCCUCAACGCCUCCCCGUCUAUCAAUCUCUGUCUCUCUCUCUCAUUUACCCCUUUAACUCGAGAGAAUCUCAAAAUCGAAACGAACGGGCGAAAAAAAUUUUGGGGAAAAGUGUAAAAUCGAGUUCCGCGCGCCUCCUUGGAUCCCUCUUUCGGUGCAGAGGAGCGGAGGAAAGCUGAACGUGUAGCGACAGCAGCAGCAGAAGCGAGCGUGCAGAGUUAGAGAGAGAGACUAUUUUAAGGGUGCAGACGCCUCGUGGACGCUCUUCUUCGGGACACAGGACAAAACCCUCACAAACACCGGUCGGCUCGAUCGAGCAAUGGAAGAAGUAUUGGCCGAGGGGAAGAAUUUCAGAUUGGUACAAGAAGAGGAACUGCCGGAAAUUUUGGAGCUGCUCGGCAAUUACCUGCCCGAUUCGAUAAAAUUCCAUCAGACCGUGAAGACUUACAUCAACGAUCGAGUGUGGGACUUUCAUUUCUACGUGGCGAAAAGUUGGCCCGAGCAGGUCGUCACCCUCCACUUUCCAGGGAUGACGAGAACUGUAAGUAAUCAUAUUCCAUUCAUGCACUCCUUCUCAAAGACGUUAACAACUAGGGUUGUGUCUCCUCUAAUUCUCGCCUCAUUUUCUCUCAUUCUUUCUUUCCUACACUCUGACCUUUCCGAAGGCCGUUUGAUUUGCAUGGAAUGUAAUUUGCGUCGCGUGAAGUAUCGAACGGGUUGAAGCGGGUGUUGGUGCCUAUUCCACCUCCUUCUCUCACGUGAUAUCCCGGAUAUUGGCGCAACGGGAGCUCUGGAAUGUACGAAAAGGGCGCCAGUCUGAAGAAAGAACAAAAAUUAGCGGUCAUUAAGUUGGCGGUGACCUAAUUGGAAGGCAGCCAAAGGUCAGAGAAGAUCGACUGCAAAACCCUUGUAUUUGACGCAGUGUCCAGCCGGAAACGAUGUUCUUACAACAUCUAUAUCAGUGAUUCCCAAAGUGGUCUAUAUCGACCCCCAGGGGUCUAUGACAACCUGCAAGGGGUC